UGCCCGGACCGGAGACGGAGCUGCCUGCUUGCCAGCCUGAGGUGACUUUCUCCCGCUGGACGUGUGGAUUUUCUUGCCCCCCCUGCUUGAAAUUUCUGCUUCUGCUUUGGAUUUUAACCAUGCCGCUGAGCGACGGGGACCUGUGCUAAAUGUACACGUAGAGCUUUUUCGUCGAAUGUCCUCCGUCUGCCGUCUGGACCGCGGGUGUGAGGAGGAGUGUGUGUCCCAUGUUGCACUAGGAGUGUGUGUGUGUGUGUGAGAUGCUGGCCUGUUUGCCAGGGCCAGGUGACCUCUCCCUCCAGCUUCUUCCCCACUCGCAGAUGAACACUGGACUUCAGAAAUGGGACACUACACAGAGGAUGAGAUCAGCUCAGUAUCCGACCCCCGCGGAGCUGGAUGCUUAUGCUAAGAAGGUCGCCAACAGCCCCCUCACAAUCAAGAUCUUCCCCAACAGCGUCAAGGUCCCGCAGCGCAACCACGUGCGCCGCACCGUCAACGGCCUGGACACGGGCGGCCCGCGCUACAGUCCCUACCCCCCUUCCCAGCCCACAGCCAAGGCCGGCCUCCUAGCCAUCGUCAAGGCGCCCAUCGCCAAGGGCAUCAUCAAGGACUUUGCUGGCACAAGAGCGCGUCUGCACCCCGAGACCAUGAUGAGUGCCCCUGGAGGCCCGUAUGCUCCUGCAGGUGCCAGUACUUUAACCCUCCACCAUGGGCCGCAGCCGCUCCCCAGAGUGCCCACCCAGGGUCAGCAGGGGCUCCCCCAACACACACAGACUCUCCAGCCUCUCCAGCAGCCGCAGCCUCAGCCUCAGCAGCAGCAACAGACUGGAGGACCACAUCAGGGGCAUCACCCCACUUCCGCUAUGCCUCAGCACCCCCAGGGCAUGGGCAGGACGCAGCCUCUCUCGCACCCCCCUGCCCUGGCUCACCCAGGUCCACAGCCCCCUCCUGCUCUCCUGCUCCAACAGCAGCAGCAGCAGCAGCACCUCCAGCAGCCUCCUCCAGGUCUGCAGGGUGGCGCCAGGAAGCUCCCGGAUGCCGACGCCCCUCCCAACGUGACCGUGUCUACCUCAACCAUUCCGCUUUCCAUGGCCGGGGCCCUGCACCAGGGCCGGCAGGCCGACCUGAGCAGCAUAGUGCACCAGAUCAACCAGUUCUGCCAGGCCCGGGCUCAAGGCGCCGGCGCCACGUCCGUGUGCGAGGGCCAGAUUGCUAAUCCCAGCCCCAUAAGCCGGAACCUGCUCAUCAAUGCUAGCUCCCGGGUGUCCAUGCACGGCGGGCACCCCAGUGCCCUUAUGCACCCCUCGUGCACUGUGGGACCCCUGGACAAAGCAGCUGCUCCGGCCCCAGUGGGCAGUGCACCCCCACACAACAUGGGCGCUAUGAACCGGAUACCUUUGUAUCACAAUGAUAUGAAGCAGCAGCAGCAUCCGCAGCCUAUUCAGCACCAACAGCAGCAUCAGAACCAUCAACAGCACCCAAGCCGGCACCAACAGCAGCAGCAGCAGAUGAGGUCAUGGAACCAGCAUCAGCUAACCCACCUGCAGCACAUUUCGGACGGGGUUGGGCACCCUUGCAAGCCUCCUCAACGGGACCCACCUGGCUUCCCCUGCAAGGGCAUGAGCUACUCCACGGAGCUGUGCAUGGGGCAGCCUUACGCCCUAAAACCCCCCAUAGAUAAGCCCACCCCUUCACCACCAGUCGUAAACAACAACGGCAUGGCGCACUACACCAACGGGCAGUACUACCACCAGCCGCCAGUGUGGGGCAGCAUCCUGCCCACGCCCAACAGCGACAGCUCGGGAUCGCAGGAGCUGCCCGUGCCAUUCCAUGGUGCCGCAGGCAACGGCACAGGCAGCGGCAACCCUGCCCCAGGAGGGGUGGACUGCGCUCCCACGGGAGGAACGGCCCAUUACCGCCCGGCGGCAGGGGUGGCGGUGGUUGCGGGGCAGACUAAUCUGAUGCAAACGGCGGAUUACAUGGGAGGGGACUUCCAGACGCCCUGCUUCCGAGAUCAAAAUCUGGGCCUGAUGGGGAAGAUGCACAGGCCACCCCCCAUAGGCAGGGUGGUGGCCCCCCCUUCCGAGGCCCACGGCCAGCACCCAGGGUACAGAUAAGCUUCGAUUUAAAUAAAAAAAAAAAACAAAACAAAAAAGACAGGCUCUGCUCCACUCUCUCUGUUCACUGCAGAUAGCCACAUACUCUGACAUACUCUACACUCUACUCUCGGUCUGUCUUAAUGCAGAUACUACUUAACAUGAGGAAGAAGCAUUAAUAUACGUUCACAUCAAAGAUUCAGUUAAAAACAGGAAAACAGCAUCACUGAUGUUAAAAAACAAAGUACUCAAGCAAACACAUCUAACAAAGAGCAGUGUUUUCACUAUUGUUUUAUUUCCUUUAAUCAUCAGUCUUGCAAGUGAUCAAUUUUUUUUAAAGGAGUGCUUUAAUUAGGCACCUUUAAGGGAUUGUGUUCAGUGGUCCCUUUAUAGUUUCUAUUUCCUUUUCUUCCUUCCACAGUAUCUACUGUAGCAUACAAAUACAGUUUGAACUGGGCUAAAGACAUCCUCCAAAUGUCUUAAGCUUCGUCUCUACUCUGGCUCUUUUUCCAUGAAUAACCGACACCUUUUCAUGCCAGAGAUUUACGAUUCAGCCCGACAAGCUCAAUAAUGCAUCAGGAUGUUUUCCUUUCUUUUUUUUAAUUUAAGGAUGUGUCCUGCGCAGGAAUAAAUCUAGUUUCUGAAGAUCCUGAAGAUCCUUAGGAGACAUAACAUGGCUCCUGUUCAGAGACAGCCCUGGUUUCUUUUUCUUCUGAAAUAAGCAUACUUAUUUAUUUGUGGAAAGGGAUGCCAUGUUGGAAUCUACACGUUAGACUGGCUGAAGUACAGUGCUGUGCAAAUGUCAGAGACCACCUAUUAUUUAUAUCAUUUCCAGUCAAAUUAGCCAUUCAAUGCAAGUUGUUAAAUUUUGGCACUUGUAUAAAGAAGGGGAAAGGCAAAGAGAAAACAGGGUCUCCCAAACUGGAGUUCAGAUAGAUACAGAGAAACUGGGACUGGGUAGAUCAUCAAAACUCACUGUCAUCGUCUGUCAAUCUCAGAUAAACUGUACUCAAAGAUUUCGUCUUUGAGAGAGAGGAGAAAGUCAAGCUGCUUCAGAUCUGAAAACAUCCAUUGUGUCCAUCCUUCCACUAUGAGACGAUGACCCAGCCCUAUGAGUCUGAAAGGAUGUGCAGCUGUAAAGAAAGAAACUCUUAGUGAGAAAAGGAGACAGACACAUCAAACAAAGUAGCUACUAGUGUUCUCAGAACAAUGGACUGACCACCCGUCAGUCCAUGAACCGUGCUGGUGACAUGCCGUAUAAAUAAAAAUAAUGCGUGGUCAUGCUGUAUUAACACCCCAUGACGAAGAUAAUUAAGUCGUGGCUACAACUUAGUAGGGCAUUGGAGAUUACGCCUUAUUAAAAUGUGGUCAAGGCUUAAUCAUCUUAUUCCCACGCCCUGCUAAGUCAUGGGCAUGCUUUAAUUAUCUCGUUCCCACACCUUACUAAGUGAUAGCCAUGCAUUAUUUUUAUUUCUGGGCUCCAUAAAAAUCUACUGAAAAAUCUGAUAUUAUAUUUGAUAGUUGUUAAAGCUUUCGUGUUUCUAUUUCAUGUGUCCUAACUUACAUUUAGUGGCCAUUUUAACUGGGAAUGAAAUAAAUAACGGAAUAGUCUCAGACUUCUGCACAGCACUGUGUGUCAGCCAGGUUGUAUCCGUGGCUAACUGUUUGGUCCGAGUGGGCAGCAGAAUUUGUCACGUCUCUUUCAUGUGACAAAUCAGGUGCUCGUUCACAUCUUGAGUCACUCACAUGGAUGAAGUCAGCAGCACAAUUGUGGAUUUUAAUGAUCUUAAGAAGCCGUUCUGAGGCCGAAUUUAAAAAGCAGAAGGCUAUGAGGAGAUACUGAAGUUCAUGGGGUGCCAUUGUACUUCACUUUCUUAAGAUAUGAAAACUUAUUACUUGAAUUCUAGGGGUGGGCUUUUCUCUCGUUAGAUGGUUUGUGAUAAAGUUAGCAGGACUAAACUUACUACUGGAGAAGAUUGUGUAUUGUGGAUUGUUACUAAUACCAUUUAAAGACUAACUAUGAACCAAAAGUGAGAUUAAGAUGAUUUGAUCCUGCGUUUUUCUCAUGUAUCUGUUGGAAUAACUUCAGUUAGGAGUUGCUACUGAAACUCUAACGACGUGCUUGAAUAGACCAAAUUGAUCACUUGCAAGAUCGCUUGUGGGUAAAUCAAGGAGGACGUGUUUUUUUUUGUUUUUUUUUAUUGUCAAAGGUGAAACAGCAGAUGAAUUGUUUAUUUUAUUGUACACACUGGCUAAUCUGCUAUACUACUGUAAUUCUAAGAAGUGUAAUGAUUGUGUGAAUGGUGGAUACCCAUGGGUAUGGUUACCAAGGACUUUUUUGUGGAUGAAUGUGUGCGUGUGAAUGAGUGAACGAAUGAACUGGUGACCUGGUUUUGUUUGAGUGCGUGUGUACGUUUGUUUGUGGGUGGAUUGCCCCACACCCACUUUCUGCUUGCCUCCCUCUGGAACAGCCCUUAUAAAGCCUUAAGUAUUUGGUCCUUGGACUUUCCUUUGAAAACAAGCAUGGUUAUUAUGAAACCUAUAAUAAGGAUGAUGAUGAAUAUGAAAAUGACGACAAAUAGACUAUAAAGGAACAGCAAUUUUUUUUCCUUGUUUAUUUUUAUUAACUAAAGCUUUUGUUGAAUAGAAAAGCAAUUCCUUAGAAUUACUUUACAACGAAAAUGAAGAAAAAAAAUAUUUUAUCGUAAUUAUGUUUUAUAGCUAUGUGUAGUUCUGGGCUGUAACAAAAAAAUCUUUUUAUUCCGAGUUUCAAAGCUUCAGUUUUGCAAUUUGUGACUAUUUAUAAUUAUGAACUUGAUUUUUUUUCCUUGUUAUUUAAAUCUUUUUUUCCUUUGUUUUUUUGCUAUAGCUGUGAAAUGGAGGAAGGCUCUAGAAAGCCUUUCUCAUAUCUGUCACUCUGUGGCUGUUGAAUGAAUGAGCGGAAAACUACAGAGUGCGUGAGAGUUGUGCUACUCUUUUUGUAAUAUUGUAAUAAUAAAAUAAAGUUCUAAUUUAUGCUUUAAAA